UGCAUCUUUUUCAAAAUAUAAGAAAUUUGGCAAUGGCACUCUUCUGCAUCUCCCCAUUAUCCGUAAAAACCCUUAACAUUUCUUCAUCAAUUUCAAAGGUUUCAAACCCCCACCAGUUUCUCUCAAAGCCUUUUGCCAUAAUUUGUCAGAUUGACCCAAAGCAAAAAUCUUUUCCCGAUUAUUCUAGGCACUCGUCAGAAUCAAAGAAAUGGAGGAAACUGGUUUCGACAGCGAUGGCAGCUGCCAUUAUUACUUUCAGCUCCAACAUGUCUGCUCUUGCUGAUCUCAACAAGUUUGAGGCUGCUACUCGAGGUGAAUUUGGGAUUGGUUCAGCAGCCCAAUUUGGUUCUGCAGACCUCAGAAAAGCAGUACAUGUGAAUGAAAAUUUCAGAAGAGCCAAUUUCACGGCCGCGGAUAUGAGGGAAUCUGAUUUUAGCGGUUCAACAUUCAAUGGUGCAUACCUCGAGAAAGCAGUUGCAUACAAGGCAAAUUUUUCAGGUGCGGAUUUGAGCGACACGUUGAUGGACCGCAUGGUCUUGAAUGAAGCCAAUCUCACAAAUGCCGUGCUCGCUAGAACAGUUCUCACUCGUAGUGACCUCGGGGGUGCCCUCAUUGAAGGUGCUGACUUCAGUGAUGCUGUUCUGGACCUUCCGCAGAAACAGGCUCUUUGCAAGUAUGCAAGUGGUACCAAUCCUACUACAGGUGUUAGCACCAGAGCAAGCUUAGGUUGUGGAAACAGUCGACGCAAUGCCUAUGGCACUCCAUCUUCUCCAUUGUUAAGCGCUCCACCACAGAAACUGCUUGAUAGGGAUGGUUUCUGUGACGAAGGCACUGGUCUUUGUGAGGCAAAAUAGUAUCAAGACUAGGUAAUUACAGAAAUGACAUUCGUUUAGAUGUAUAAGCUUGCGGGAUAAAAAAAUCGGUGCAAAAUGAAAUUUCUGGUUUCUUUAACUAUGGAGAACGUACGUUUGGUGAAUUUAUUUGUAAAAUUUUUUGAACAAAUAGGCAUAAUUCUGUAUAACUUAACUUCUCUAUAAUCACCACAGUUUGUAU